GGCCAUCACCCUUGGCAAGAUGGCGGUGGUUGCCGGUUGUGGUGACUGUGACCAAAUCUGUUUGCGUGUGUAUUGCGGUUAGAAGCCUCUCAGCCGUCGAUACGCCCUGACGUGGAGGAGACAGGUUUGGUGCUCGAAUUGACUUGGCAAGAAGUGCUUUUCCCGAGCGCUUCUCCUGCUCCGCUCCCAUUAUAUUUCCCUUUCUGCCUAAUAAAAUGGCAACCAUGGAGAAACUGAUGAAGGCCUUUGAGUCACUAAAGUCAUUCCAGCAGGGACCGUCCAGUGAGGAGCCGGGGCAGAAACAGAAGAAAGAAUCUGCCACAACGAAAAAGGACCGUGUAACUCACUGCCUGACUAUAUGUGAAAACAUUGUUGCACAGUCUCUUAGAAACUCACCAGAAUUUCAGAAGUUAUUGGGGAUUGCUAUGGAAAUGUUUCUGCUGUGCUGUGAUGACGCGGAGUCUGAUGUCCGAAUGGUAGCAGAUGAAUGUUUAAAUAAAAUUAUUAAGCAGGCCUUAACUGACUCAAAUCUGCCUCGGUUACAACUAGAAUUGUAUAAAGAAAUUAAAAAGAAUGGCCCACCAAGGAGUUUACGGGCUGCACUUUGGCGAUUUGCUGAGCUGGCUCACCUUGUUCGUCCGCAGAAGUGUAGGCCAUACCUUGUGAACCUUCUUCCCUGUCUGGCUCGGAUCAGCAAGCGGUCAGAAGAGUCAGUGCAGGAGACACUUGCUACUGCUGUGCCAAAGAUCAUGAUGGCUCUGGGAAACUUUGCAAAUGAUAGUGAAAUCAAGAUGCUACUGAAGACCUUUAUUGGGAACCUUAAAUCAAGUUCACCAACCAUUCGUAGGACUGCAGCCAGCUCUGCAGUGAGCAUCUGUCAACAUUCGAGAAAAACCCAGUACUUCUACACUUGGUUGUUGAAUGUGCUUUUAGGUUUUAUGGUCCCUGUGGAAGAAGACCGACCCACUCCACUUAUUCUGGGAGUUAUGCUCACCUUGCGGUACCUGAUGCCCUUACUGCGGCAGCAAGUGAAGGACACUAGUCUACGAGGCAGCUUUGGUGUGACCCGGAAGGAGGCUGAAAUUUCUCCGUCCUUGGACCAGCUCGUACAGGCUUAUGAAUUGACAUUACACUACACCCAGCACAGGGAUCACAAUGUGGUGACGGCGGCUUUGGAAAUGCUGCAGCAAUUGUUCCGUACCCCUCCUCCCGAACUGCUCCGGGCCCUGACUUCUGCUGGCAGCAUUACUAAAGUUAGCAUUGCUCGUGAUGACGUCUCAAACCGUGUUCGCAGCGGCAGCAUCGUGGAACUAAUAGGCAAAAUGGUUUCCGGAGAAGAGGACGGACUUGAAGAUGAUCCGGAGACCCGGUCAGAGGUCAGCACUGCUACUUUUCCAGGUUCAAUGAACAGUGAAGUUGAUGUUCCAUCUCCUUCAGGGGUUUCAACCUUGGGGUCGACAAACCCACUUCCAGAAACUGCUGGACAUGACAUCAUCACUCAGCAGCCACGUUCUCAGCAUACUCUGCAGUCUGCAGAGUCUGUCGAUCUCAAUAGUUCAGCAACAUCAGACUUGACAGGCCUUGCAGUUGAAGGGGAGGUUGAUGAGGCACUGAGCCGAAGUUCCAGCCAGAUCAGCACCAUUCAGUCAGACACCAAUGUAGACCAGAACGAUAGGACCAAUCAGGCCAUAUCUCCGCUCAGUGAGAGCUCGCAGACCACCGAGGGCCCAGAUUCAGCUGUGACCCCGUCCGACAGUUCUGAGCUUGUACUCGACGGGACAGAUAGUCAGUAUUCGGCAAUGCAGAUUGGACAGCUUCAAGAUGAGGAGGAGGAUACGCCAAAUACUCCUGGAGAUGCACUUCUAGACAGUUUUGCAACUUCCACCCUUGCAGUAAACAAAUCUCAUUUGUUAAGUCACAUGGGCCACAGCCGGCAGUCCUCUGACAGCAGUGUUGAUCGUUUUGUCUCGAAGGAUGACUGCGUUGAGUCAGCAGAUCUUGAUACCAAGGAUGUAGGAAGCGCUAGCUAA